GCCAUGAUGAGAUAUUUAUAUCCCGAUUCAAUUAAUAUAAUGGAUUUAGGCACCAUAUGACAAAAGAAAAAAAAGAAGGAAAAUGGCACUAAAAAGUAAAAACAAAUAUUUUAUCAGGGCGCGCUGGAGAAUUACCAACUUCGGUCUCACGGGCCAAACCCAAUUAAAAAACUCGGCCCAUGAGCCUAUAACUGCUAUUCCUCGUUGUGGAUAACGUAUAUAAACGUGCGGCCGAUAAACCACGGGGAAAUCAAAGAUUAACCCGCCACAUAUGCUUUCACAGCCAUGGUGGUGACUACUCCGACAUCACCUCCUUCAUCCCUAUCUUCCAUUUCGCCAUUACUGCAAAGCUUCCAGCACAGAAUCUUCGUAAACUACGCAGUACCCAGAAUUCGGCACUCGCAGAAUUCGAAUGGAUUACUCUCCGUCAGAGCUUACAUGGAGAACCCCAACUCCAUCUCCGGCUUCGCCAACAAAGUCAUCGGUUCCCUCCCCGUUGUCGGUCUCAUAGCCAGAAUUAUCAGCGACGAAGGCGGAGUCGGAAGCGACCUCAUCGAUUUCGCGGAGUUCAGAAGGAGGGUCGGCAAGAAAUGCACCAUUAUGGACUCCAGAGCUUUUGUCGAGUUCAAGGACAGGCGCGGCAAGGCAGGGGAUCCUCUAUAUGUUCUGCUUUGCUGUUGGGUGGCGGCUGUAGGUGCAGGGCUCCUGAAAUCUGAAGAGAUUUUGGAAGGGGUAGCAAGACUUCGGAUUUCCACCGAUAUUGAAUUCGAAGAGCAGAGUUUCAUUGCUUUGAUGGAUGCAGCGAAAGAGAGACGAUCAAAGUCGAAAGGGGCAGCGCCUUUUGUUCCGAUGGAGGCCCGAGCAGAGAAGGCGUUAGAUGCAAUUUAUGUUUGUUGCUUUGGGAAGGAUCCUAUAGAAGAGGAAGACAAGAGACUUCUCAGUGUAAUGUUGGCAGCGGUUUUCCCAUUGGUUAAGCCGAAAGAGAUGGAGAGGAUUCUGGAAGAGAAAGCAACAAGAGUGGCUGAAGGUUUAGAUGGAAUGGAUGUCCCAGAGGCCAAACAGCUGUCCAAAGAAGCUGUUCAAUUGCAGAUGAAAGAUCUCCAGUUCCUUCAGCAGAACAAUGAUAGUUAAAAAGUAUUUGUAUGUGUGCAUACUAAGAGUUCUUGAUUGAGAAUGUCAACGAGUUCAUUCGCUUCUCUGCUUGCCGGAGCAGAUUGCAGUUGAUUGAAGAGAAUAGAGGUCCCUGCUUGUUACUUGGAAUCCGAUGUACCGGAACCAGGUUGCGAAUAGCUGAAUGAUUGUUGCUGGCGAAAUUUAAACCAUCUCUAAGGCAUACACAUUUAUCACCAAUUCACCAUCCAAUUUCCGAAGACCAAAUCUUUUUCAUCAGAAGUUCUCUCUGUUUAACGGUUAAGUUUAUUGAGACCUAUGCAGAGAUUGUCUUCCAUUACAUAGCCUAAGGAUUACAAGUUGAACUCUACCAUGCUUAGAGCCACAUUAUUAUUCUCGACGCAGAUGCAGAAGCGAGGUCACUUGUACUGGCUUGCAAGUUGGCCUUCCUUGACUAUGUAAUUCUGCGUGGGGAAAUCUUCUCCCUUGAAGUAUCUGUCCAGCAUAUCCUUCACUCCAGCAGCAUACCUCAACUGCCAAUUUUCCAGAUUGGGAUUAGACUCGCCAGUAAAAUUCAGCUGGAAAAUGAAACAGAAACAAUCACACAGAGUGUCGAACCAGAAAGAACUCACCUGUGCAUCAAUGGUGGUGCCAGAGAUAUGAGGAGUCAUUGCCUGGUUUGGCAUGUAACGCCAUGGAUGGUCCUUCGGAGCUGGCUGUGGAUACCAAACAUCCCCACUGUACCUCCAAUCUGUCCACUGGAGCAGCCAUCAACAACUGCUUGUGUAUCCAUUAUAGCUCCUCGAGCAUUAUUCACGAUCAGAACCCCUUUCUUCAUCUUGGAAAUCCUAUCUUUAUCAAACAUUCCCCUGCAACACAAAGACAUACAAUCCAGUUCAUGAUAGCACAAAACUUACAGAUCAACCCUGUACUGAAAGAACUGAAAUUUGUAUAGCUCAAUCACUGCAAGCACGCACUUGGUUUUCUCAGUAAGUGGGGUAUUAAUGACAACUACAUCACACUUGGGAAGCAUGGCAUCAAGAUCCUCCUCAAACUUGGAUCCGAUCUGCUUCUCCAGCUCGGGCUCCAUCUUGAGCCGAUCAUGGUAAAGCAGAUUACAGCCGAAAGGUUUGAGCCUCUGGAGCAAAAGCUUCCCAAUUCGUCCACACCCAACCGUCCCAAUCGUCUUCCCUUCAAGAUCAUAAGCCCUGUAAGCUAUACCAGCCACAUCCCACUCCCCAUUGAUCACCUGGUGAUAACCAGGCAAGAAGUUCCUCAUCAGGAUGAGAAUCCUCAUCAGCUCAUCCUCAGCAACGGAGACCACAUUGCUCCCCGUGACCUCUGCAACUGUCAACCCGGCGGCAGCAGCGGCGGGCAGAUCGAUGUGGUCGGACCCGAUUCCCGCGGUGAGAAGCAGCUGCAAGUUUUUGGCCUUCUUGAUCCUCUCAGCCGUCACGUAGGCAGGGUGGAAUGGGGUUGAUAUGAGAACGUGGAGAUCAGGAAUGUGCUUCUCCAGCUCUGUCAAAUCAUCAAACACCUUCUAGUCAACUGGCAACUGGGGAUUCUGCAAGCAAAUCAAAUGGAGUGUUCGUUUGUUUCUUCUUAAGGCAUACUCACCAGAGUUGGGUCCAUCUUUGUCGUCGGUGACGAUGUACUGGUGGCCCUGAGAUUCCAGCCAGCUCCGUAUCCCCAAAGCAUUCUCGGCGCAGCCCAAGAAAUUGGGGUUCUUCUCGGCGUACUCGUUGGCCUUGUAGAACACUCCCACGAUCUUCUUGCUCUCCCCCACAGAACC